AUGUCUGGAUUAUUAGAUCGAUUUAUUAAACCAAUAGUUUUGGCCGAGGCAACACAAUAUUAUAAUAGUAUUGCUAAUAAUACUAACGGUAUUAAUGAAGUAAACCAAGUUUCUGUUGAUAAUUCAUUUGACAAUGUUUUAUCUAGUUCGGUUUCCACUCAGGCUUCUACGUGGAACAUUUCACCAGGUAUUAAUGAAGUAGACCAAGUUUCUGUUUAUAAUUCAUUUGACAAUGUUUUAUUUAGUUCAGUUUCUGUAGAAACGUCACCAGCCCGACAUAAUUUAUCUUUUCGUGGGCACAGAGAAGGUUGGGAAGAAAAAAAUAAAGGACAUUUUAAGGAUAUUUUAUUGUUGAUGGCUCCAAAUUCAUAUGCAUUAUCUUCCCAUAUAAAUUCUAUUAAAUCCCAGGGCAAACAUGUGUGCUCGUUUAUAAGUUGGGAAAGACAAAAUCAACUUAUCAGUUCUAUAUCAGAAUUUAUCGGGUCAACCAUAAGAUCAGAUAUAAAGAGAUCUCGAAUGUUCAGUAUUUCAAUAGAUUCGACCUUUGAUGCUGCUAGAAAAGAGCAGGUAUCAUUUAUAAUAAGAUAUGUUAGUCAUUCAUCUGGGAACAUUUUUGAACGUUUAUUGGCUCUUAAAGAAUCUUCUGUUAUAACUGGAGAAUCGUUGUUUGAUCUUUUUGAAUUAGUCAUGGAUCGUGAAGGCCUUGAUUGGAAAAACGAACUUGUUGGUCUGUCAUACGACGGUGCUAGCAAUAUGAGUGGGGAAUACAAGGGCCUACAAGCAAGAAUUAAUGCAAAAAAUAAUUCAGCUAUCUUUGUGUGGUGUCAUGCUCACCGAUUAAAUUUGGAUGUGGCCAAUGCAGUUUCAUCUAAUUUAGAUGCUGUUUAUUUAUUUGGAAAUCUAGAAUUCAUUUACUCUUUUAUUUGGUGUAGUAUGAAAAGAGCUGCUUUAUUCAGAGAAUUUCAAGACAAACAUUAUCCUAAUAUGCAAAAGAAAUCUAUGAAAUGUGUUGCAACAACAAGAUGGGGAUCACAUGAUUCAGCACUUGAAACUGUUUUACAAAAAUGUGAUGCAAUAUUAGAGACUCUGGAAGAAACAAGAAGAAAUGAAGGAUCUGUUUCUAGUUGGAGCACUGAAAGAUCAUUUUCAAAAAUGAAACUAGUCAAAACAAGAUUAAGAUCAUCGACAUCUGAAGACCGCCUAGAAGGCCUAGUUAAAAUUUCUAGUGAGAAUGAUAUUGUGAUUGAUAAAGAUUUAGUAGUAGAUAUUUUUGCACAAAAAAAAGAUCUUAACCCAGACAGAGCAUCUAACAUUUAA